AUGCGUGCCUCUACCUUUUGUGCCGCAUACGCAGCGUCGCUGCUGCAGCAGCUGGCAUCUGCACGGCCAGCUCGAGACUGCGCCGGGGCGGCGGGCAAACCGCCGGCAUUCUUCCUGGCGGGCGACUCGACAACGGCACACGACGGGGGCUGGGGUGACGGCCUCCUAGCGACGCUCCGGGGUCCCGAGGCGUGGGGAGUCAACAUCGGGCAGAGCGGCGCGACGACAGUAUCGUAUGUGCAUGGCGGCAACUGGACCAACAUCACGGCGCACUUGCGGGAGUACGCCGCGACUUAUGACAGCUACGUUACCAUCAGCUUUGGACACAACGACCAGAAACCGGCCAACAACGUGCCGUUUGACCAGUAUCAAGCCAACCUGAUCAAGUUCGCCGAGGAGGUCAAGUCCCUAGGCGGGACACCCCUGCUGACUUCAUCGCUCACCCGGCGCGUGUUCGAGUCGGAACACAACGCCACGGACUCGCUGCACAACGAGCGUCUCGCGGCUAUCAAGGCCGCCAACGUCACCGGCUCCCCCAUCAUCGAUCUCAACGCCGCCAGUCUGAAGUACGUCAACACCAUUGGCGAGGACGCUGCGCAGGCCUAUAAUUGGGGACCCACGGACCGGACCCACUUGAACCCUUGGGGAACUGUGGUGUUUGGCCGGAUGGUGGCUGACCUGAUCGUGAGAGAGCUCCCGUGCCUGGAGAGUUGGAUAACGCCGAAUGAGACGCUUAGUUAUCAGAUCUGGAAUGGCCUGCCGGCGUAG